AUUGAAUCUUGAAACAGGGUUUAUGUUGUUUUGAAAUGGCCGACGGAUACGAGAAUCAAGCUCCUCAGAAGUUCGAGGGGAAGUUUCAAGCAAAGGUCAUAUGUUGUAUUCUUGGAAUCGGAUGUCUCGCUUCUUGGAACAGUAUGCUCACUAUCGCAGACUACUACUACCAUGUUUUCCCGGAUUAUCAUCCUUCAAGGGUGCUAACAGUUGUAUACCAGCCGUUUGCACUUGGAACGAUUGUGAUUCUUGCAUACCACGAAUCAAAAAUAAAUACCCGGAAACGUAACCUGAUCGGUUACAUUAUAUUCACAAUAUCCACGUUAUUGCUAAUAGUUUUGGAUUUGACUACAAGAGGACGUGGUGGAAUCGGACCUUAUAUUGGUUUAUGCGCAAUUGUUGCUUCUUUUGGCCUCGCAGAAGCUACCGUUCAUGGGGGAAUGAUUGGUGAUUUGUCUUUGAUGUGCCCUGAACUAAUCCAGUCAUUCGUUGCUGGUAUGGGUGCAGCUGGUGCUCUAACCUCAGCUUUUAGGCUAAUGACUAAAGCAGCCUUUGAAAACUCAAACGACGGUUUACGCAAAGGAGCAAUGAUAUUCUUAGCGAUCUCAGCAUUGAUACAGUUUCUCUGCGUGAUUCUUUACGCGUAUGUUUUCCCGAAACUCCCCAUCGUUAAUUAUUAUCGAAGAAAAGCGGCCUCUGAAGGAUCUAAAACUGUUAAUGCUGAUCUUGCUGCUGGUGGUAUCCAAAAUCAAUCAUAUUCGACUGAUGAUGUUUCCAAUAAUCAAAGGUUAAGCAACAAAGAGCUCUUAGUUCAAAACAUAGACUAUGCAGUGAAUCUAGCCCUCAUCUACCUUAUAUCAUUAUCCAUUUUUCCGGGGUUCUUAUAUGAGAACACGGGACAACACGGGCUAGGCUCUUGGUAUGCGCUUGUCCUAGUAGCCAUGUAUAAUUGUGGGAACAUGGUUGGGAGGUACACACCGCUGGUGGAAUGGCUCAAGAUUGAGAACAGAAAAGGACUCACCCUUGCGGUUUUGUCACGUUUUCUCUUCAUCCCGGCGUUCUACUUCACUGCAAAGUAUGGUGAUCAAGGAUGGAUGAUUAUGCUCGUUUCUUUAUUGGGAUUGACGACUGGUCAUUUCAAUGUUUGCAUUCUCAUCACUGCUCCUAAAGGCUACAAUGGUCCGGAGAAGAAUGCGUUAGGGAACUUGCUGGUGGUUUUCUUAAUAGGAGGAAUAGUUGCAGGAACUUCUUUGGGUUGGCUAUGGCUUAUUGGUAAGAAGAAUGCCUUCUGAUUACUCCUCAUUUCUCAUUCACCAAAACAACAACAUUGUCAUUUGCUUAUAAUCUUGUUAUAUGAUAUUAUCCUUGAAACCAGAGUAUAUUUAAUUACAUUUGCUA